AUGCCAGCUGCUUCUGCACCGCUAGAUCCAGCACCUCCUGCUAAUAGCUCUUGUGUCGAUAGCAUGAUGGUGCAUGCACCCGGUAUUGACAUUGAGGCCGAAAUUGCUACUCGUGAUGGAGUUGAGGUCUUUACUACUCUGUCUAUUUACCCAGGCUCAUCUCCCGAGCGGCAACCUUGGCUUCGAUUGCGUCAAAUGACUGAUGCAGAGCACGACUCCGCUGCUGCCACUAUGCAACUGUUUGCUGAAGUCUUGGCGAGCAAGAUUGUCGAUGCUGACAGCUGGGGAACAGACAAGGGAUACACCUCUGCCAUACCUGACCGCCUUCGGGAAGUCUUUCAGCCGUACUCUGUGGUACAUGUCCAUGCUGCGCCUCCAAGCCACACUAAGCCACGCUAG